AUGAGUGAACAAGCUAUAACCAAUCAGCUCAACACACAGGCAACAAAAAUUCACAAGCGCAGGUCAAAUGCCAACCAGAAAAACAGGAAGAAGGCAGACAAUUUUGUGGAUGGAGUCCGAGAGCAUGUGAGAUUAGGGCCUAAGUUCUCUGAAACGGUGAAGGGAAAGUUGAGCUUGGGGGCUAGGAUUCUUCAAGUUGGAGGAGUGAAGAGAGUUUUCAAGCAAAUUUUUGGUGUUGGAGAAGGAGAGAAGCUAUUGAAGGCUUCCCAAUGCUACUUAUCAACAACAGGAGGCCCUAUAGCUGGUCUCCUCUUUAUCUCUUCUCAGAGGAUUGCCUUUUGCAGUGAUAGAUCAAUCAAAUUCUCUUCUCCAAAUGGUGAAUUGAUUAGGAUCCAUUACAAGGUCUCUAUCCCACUGAGAAAGAUACAAAGAGCCAACCAAAGCGAGAAUGUGAAAAAUCCAUCUCAGAAGUACAUGGAAAUCGUUACUGUGGAUAACUUUGACUUCUGGUUUAUGGGAUUCUUGAAUUACCAGAAAGCUUUCAGCUACCUCCAACAGGCACUCUGUGAAGCGUUGAGAAGUGAUUCAAAGUUUCUUCCCCCCAACUUCUACAAAUGUAUUUACAUGAACCUGAUAAGGAUCUGUACAGUCAGAGGCUUUGUACAAUUUUUUUGCUAAUGAGAAAUUGAUUUCCAAUUUUUCAACCA